CUCUUAUCUGAAGGUUUGUGUACUGUCUGUAACAGCGAAAUAACUGUGCUGUAUUUUUGUAAAUGUGUCAAAGGCUCACCUUGCACAGUUUCAACACCAGUUUUACCAAUACGAGCAGUGGGUGGACACAUAUAUAAACACUGGUCUGUCUUUACUUGAUCUCUGCGGUUUGAGAGUCCUCCAUACUGCACUGCAAACAUGGCGGGAAUUGGCAGACUGUCCACCAAGGGCUCAGUGCUGCUGCUGUGUGACAUGCAGGAGAAGUUCAGACCCACUAUUUUCCAGUUUACAAACGUCGUGAACAAUGCUGCAAGAUUGUUACAGGCAUGUCGAAUCUUAAACAUCCCUCAGAUUUUAACCGAGCAGUACCCUAAGGGUCUAGGGCCCACUGUUCCUGAGCUGGGGGCUGAGGGCCUGAAGCCUCACACAAAGACCAGUUUCUCCAUGAUGACAGAGAGUGUGCAGAGCUCACUCAAGAGCAUGGGAAACCCUCAGCAAGUCAUACUGUGUGGCAUCGAGGCACAAGCAUGCAUUGCGUGCACAGCCUUUGAUCUCCUGGAGAGAGGAAUGGAGGUUCAUAUUGUAGCUGAUGCUGUGUCUUCUCGAAGUCAGACAGAUCGUCUUUUUGCACUGUCACGGUUGAGGCAGAGUGGGGUGUUUCUCAACACUACAGAGGGAGUUUUACUGCAACUAGUGCAGGAUGCCAAGCACCCCAACUUUAAAGAGAUCCAGAAACUCCUGGCUCACCCCUCCCCUGAUACAGGCCUGCUGGCCUUCUUCAGCUCUCUAUAGGGCCAGUCAAACACACACUACACCUUGCAGACAUAAUUACAGAAAUUACUAAAAAUCAUCACACACUGUUCUGUCAACCUGUUGGACUCAUGUGAGAUCUGUGUAUUUUUACAUAGUUUCACAGAAACACAGAUAUUUAAAAUGUUAAAAUAAAAAAAAAUAAAAAAUAAAUAAAUGUGUCAGAAAUGUUAACUUUUAAUGGUAAGUCUAAAAUUAGGUUAAUUGGGUAUCAUAAACUAUCAGUCAACAUUUUUACAGCAUUUGUGGUAACAAUAAGAUCUCAAUAAUAUUAGCUAAUGCGUAUAAUAGAAAUAGGCUCAGUAGAGUUGCCCUUAGCAAAGCACAUCCUUCAACAAUGAUAUUGAAUUGAACCAAAUCAUCACUGAAUUAUAACAAAAUCUGCAUUCUGUGGAACUGAAUGUGCCUAAUGUACCAAACCUGUUUCACACCGAUAAAGCUUCAUACCUGAUUUAA